AUGGCUUCCUUGAUAGAAGAUCACAUUAGCUCUGACAAUAUAAAGGUCGUUGCCAAUUUAACUUCUGUCCAGUCGUACUUUGAUUUCUUCUCAAAGGAGAGUGACCAGAAAGUUAUGGAACUAGAAGAGGCUGAAAUGGAAAUGGAUCUUAUCCAGAAAGAACAGGCGCUGCAGGAGCCAGCAAAUGAAUUCAAGGAUAGACAUCAGCUUCCUUUUCUAGCCUCUUAUGGAAAGGAUGAUAACCGCCUUCAGCAAAUCAAGGAUGGCAUCAGAUCCCUAGAAAAGGCCAAACUCCAAGAAGAGAUAAUAGCCCGCAGGCAAAAAAAGUUACUCGCAAGAUGUACCCGUCAGAAAUAUUUAGAGGAGACAGCUUUACGAGAAGCAGAACUUCUUCAAGAACUUGAUAGAGAGAGGACGGCUGAAGUAGAAAGGGAGGUUGAAAGACAACGAUUGCUGGAACUUGAGCGUGCAAAAACCAGAGAGCUGCAGCAUAAUCUUGAGAUGGAGAAAGAAAAGCAAACCCAGAGAGAACUCCAGCGGGAACUUGAGCUAGUGGAAUCUGGACUCCGACCAUCAAGAAGGGAGUUUUCUUCCUCAACUCAUAGUAGCCGGCCGCGGGAGAGAUACCGUGAAAGGGAAAAUGGAAGACCAGUUAAUGAGAGCAUCUUGAGAACCAGUAGUGGCAGCUUGCAGCCUGAGACUGUUACAAUGUCAUCCAUGACAUCCACACCAACAGUUGUUUUGUCUGGGUCUCGGUCGUUUUCAGGCCAACCUCCAACCAUUCUACAAUCUCGUGACCGUGCAGAUGAUUGUGGCAGCAGUUAUGAAGAAAAUUUUGAUGGAAGGACGGACCCAGGUGACACAGGUAGUGUUGGGGAUCCAGACCUAGUAUCGGCACUUGAAGGACAGUCUAUUGGGUUUGGGCCUGCCCAAAGGCAUGGUUCUAGAAGUAGCAAGUCUCGGCAGAUCAUGGAGCGGAGAGAACGGGAAGGCAGACGUGAAGGAAAAUGGGAAAGAAAACAUUAGUAAAUUAUUUUGUGCUGUGAAACUCAAAGUGUAUUGCUUUCCUCAAAAUUCGGUGCAUGAGCAUGAAGAUAUAUGCACUGGCGUAUGGAGGGUCUGGUUUGCUCAGACAGGAAAAUAGUACAGAAUAGAUCUCACGAGGGGAGGCCUUUGGUCGAAGGUGAAAGGUCAUUUGGCAAAUGCAGUAUCUUUGGAAAUACGUAAGUAGCCCUUGUGAAAACUUAUCUAUUUAUGUUGUUGGAGCUUCUGUUUUGUAUGACAUGAACAAUCAGGCAUUAUUUUCCUCAUCAAGUGCACAAGACUUAUGCAGCCCCCUCUAGGUCAAACUACGUCUGUUCCAGCAUGUGGGGAGGAUCAUUAGCACUCAAUGUAGGCAUCGUGAAAAACUUACCAGGAUUGAUUAAUAUUUAAUACUAAUUAAAUACUGCUAGGGGGCAAAAAAUAAUAUUACGCUAGGGUCUAUUUGAACCAUCUAUGAUUGUUCCAUAUUUAGAAGGGUACUCUUUGCUAUAAGCAAUGUUUUAGUCUUGAGUUUAAAAUUGGUAAUUGCAGUUACUGUAGUUGUUCAAAUAUUUACUCACAACACGUGUAAUUAAUGUAAAUAUAUAAUGAAUUUUGAAGGUAUUUUUUG